CAGCAAUGCGACGAGGGCGCCGCCGUAAGGGAACUGUUAAAAGUCGUGAAAUAUAGAAAAUAUAAGUUAUCGACGGCAGCAUGGCUACAAGUAGCGACGUACGUCAAGCUUUGCAAGAUGGAACGUUCACGCUGCGACCAAACGGCAAAUAUCUCUGCGUCUGCGGUUCAGAGCUCAUGAAAGCUUCCAUUAAGAGGCACCUUGCUUGUAACAGACACUUGGAAAAGAUCGAACGUCAUCAUGGUGGAAAUUUCAUUCGAGGUCACUUCAGCUGGGUCUUCCAAGUAGGCAUCACCAAGAGUAGAGCCACAGUCCCAUAGAGUGACUUUAAACCCUCAGCCCUGCAACGCACUUCCUAUGAAUAGUUGUAUACUUUUUGGAUGAAUCAUUACAGGAUAUCGAUGCUAAAUGGUAUGGGAAAAGCCAGCGGAGCAUGACCUCACGCACUUAUCAACCCCACAGAGUGACAAACAGCAGGUCUUGCAAGACGGAACGUUCUCGCUGCAACCAAACGGCAAAUAUCUCUGCGUCUGCGGCACACAACUCUUGAAAGCUUCCAUAAAGAGACACCUCGCUUCCAUUAAACACCUAGAAAAGGUUUCUGGGCAGGUUGUGCGUGGAUCAAGCCGCACUGGGAAGGAUUCGAACACACGUCACUUGGAGAACACAAGGAAUAUGGCCCACAGUGUAAUAAAUUCAAAGAAUGAAGUUGCACAGGCUUUGCAAGACGGAACGUUCUCGCUGCAACCAAACGGCAAAUACCUCUGUGUCUGCGGUACACAACUCUUGAAAGCUUCCAUAAAGAGACACCUCGCUUCCAUUAAACACCUAGAAAAGGUUUCUGGGCAGGUUGUGCGUGGAUCAAGCCGCACUGGGAAGGAUUCGAACACACGUCACUUGGAGAACACAAGGAAUAUGGCCCACAGUGUAAUAAAUUCAAAGAAUGAAGUUGCACAGGCUUUGCAACCAAACGGCAAAUACCUCUGUGUCUGCGGUACACAACUCUUGAAAGCUUCCAUAAAGAGACACCUCGCUUCUGACAAACACAAGAGGAUGACCGCACCCCACAUGAGAUCAAGAACGGGACGAGAACAGAGCACGGGAAGCGAAGGGAGGCUGACCUCAAACGAAGAGAAAGGAGCCGUCCGCAAGUCGCAAAAGCAAGCCAACUUCCGCCUCGGAUUCGCGCCGCGGACGAAUGGCACGACGGCAACAGUUCGCGAGGGGGAGAGGCGUCGUAGGGAGCACCAAAAGUAUGACGAUAACAAACCGUCACUCGAAAGGAAGACGAGGGAAUCAACUGAGGAAAGCGAUUCGGACAGUACAGACGACAGUGAGGAAGAGGAAAGCCUAGGAGAGGAGGAGGAAGAGGAAAGCCUAGGAGAGGAGGAGGAGGAGGAAGAGGAAAGCCUAGGAGAGGAGGAGGAGGAAGAGGAAAGCCUAGGAGAGGAGGAGGAGGAAGAGGAAAGCCUAGGAGAGGAGGAGGAAGAGGAAAGCCUAGGAGAGGAGGAGGAAGAGGAAAACCAAGAAGAGAAAGAGGAAGAACGAGGCCAAAAAUACGAGAAUAAUGAGCAAAACCAAGAAGAGGAAGAGCAAAGCCAAGAAGAGGAAGAGGAAAAUCAAGAAGAGAAAGAGGAAGAGCAAAGCCAAGAAGAGAAAGAGGAAGAACGAGGCCAAGAAUACGAGAAGAAUGAGCAAAGCCAAGAAGAGAGUGAAGAAGAGUUCCACCUGCAACAGCCAUGGACAGAACACAGCAAAAGAGAGGAGGGAGAGCUAAGUGAAGAAGAACUGAAUCUCACACAGUUAUAUGAACAAGAGGACACUGAAGAGGAGGAAGCGUUUGGCCUCAGACAGCUGUAUGAUUCAGAGCUCAGUAAGGGAGAGUCACAGAGCAAGGAGGAAGAUAAUACAUCGACUGAAUCUUACCGGAUGGCUUCUCACCCUCGGGGCAAUGUCUAUGUCUUCAACUACAAGUUCACGGGAAAACACAACCAACGCGACGGGGCUGACUACGACUCCGAAAGCAUCCAGAAAACGUUCACCGACAUGGGUUAUCGAGUGUUUGUCAAAGAGGAUCUGUCCAGAAGGGCGACUCUGAUGGAGCUGAAACUCAUAAGAGAUGGAGAGAGCAUUAGGAACGUCGACAGCUUGGUCAUGUUCUUUCUAAGCCACGGAAAAGGUGUUCGCGACUUCCUUACCGAGGACGGCCAAAGUCUGUGCCUCUCCAGAAUCCACCGCAUGUUCACGGACGGACAGUGUCCAGCGCUCCGAGGGAAACCUAAGAUCUUCUUCGCCAACUUCUGUCGCAGAGGCGCUUUCGAGACCUGCCCGGCUUUCGAAGUUUCGGAUUCUCCAAGGGACAUGGUGACCGUCCACGCUGCCGGGGAGGGAAGCGGCGCCCUUCGCAACGCCUCCUUCGGGACAUACUUCAUCCGCAACCUGUGCCAAGUGCUGCAGGAACACGCCGGCGGGAAGAGUCUCCGGGAAAUCUACUUGGAGCUGGACCGAAGUGCAGCCGAGAGAGGGGGGACGCAGCCCAUGUGGGAGGAUUACGUCUUUCGGAAUUUUUACUUCAGUCCUACGAAGCGCAGAGAUGAGGAGAUAGAGAUAUAAUAAUUGUAGGUAAAGAAAUGUACACUUAGCACGAAUAAAUUGAUUUUGGGCAAUUCAGAUAAAAUUAGAUACUGUAUAUACGUCAAACAUGUAUUAGAAUUAUUCUUUUUAUUCUGCCCAGUGAUCAUAAUUGUUAUUCUUUUGUAGUUAUUUGAUAAUGGAUGUGGAAGGUGACAUUUUGGUCCACCACAUCCUGGUCAGCGACUGGGAGGGGGGGGGGAAUUCUUACUGUUUCUGUUUCCUGUCUUUUUCGACUCCUACGGCCAUUUUGUUUUUGUUUUUCUUUGCAUUUUUAUUUAUCGGUUUCCAUUUCUAUUGACCUCAAACAGACAACUGACGUCAUUCAGUUGAUUAUAAUCAAUUUGUAUUUUACUCGUAGCCUCUCUUCUUCGUCCUACUAUUUUUGUAUUGUUUUAUGAGCAUUUUUGUUUCGUCUUUCAUAAGAAACUCGGCCGUAAGGUUAUAUAUAUCGCCAGAAAAGGCGCGAAAUACACUCAGUCUGGACCAGAAA